UUGAAGAGGCUGCAGGAAGCACUGUGUGGAGGUGGUACCCCACACGUGGGGCUCCCAGAGGGCCACUAACUUGGGAGAGAUCCCUCCCACUUGAGCUUGAGUCCAGAACAGAGGAAGAAGGCACUGGGCACAAGAAGUGGACAUACAAGAGUUAACUGCCAGGGUGUGACAGGGCGAUCCGCCUUCAGGAAGUGUUACUCACCACUGGGAAUGUGCGCGCCUGUGCCUGUGCCUUGGGGGCUGGCUUCUCUUCCUGAGCAGCAGAAGGAGCUCCCAGCCAUGGAAGACUCUGGGGAGCCAAGAGCACAUCUUCUGGAAGCAAACAACCUGAAUUUUGUUCCUGGACACCUGCAGAGAGAAAAGACAGCCCAGGUCCCGCUGUAUGACACACCUGACGCCGCCAGUGGGGAGCAGGCAGGUGAGCCACAGCAGCCAGCCCGCACUGUGAGCCUGCGGGAGCGCCUGCUGCUCACCCGGCCCGUGUGGCUGCAGCUCCGGGCCAACGCUGCAGCUGCGCUCCAUGUACUGAGGACUGAGCCUCCAGGAACCUUCCUGGUACGGAAAUCUAACACCCGCCAGUGCCAGGCCCUGUGUGUGCGGCUGCCAGAGGCCAGUGGCCCCUCUUUCGUCUCUAGCCACUACAUCCAGGAGAACCCUGAUGGUGUCUUUUUGGAAGGCUCAGAGCUCAUAUUUCCGGACCUCGUCCAGCUCAUCUGUACCUACUGCCACACCCGGGAUAUUCUUCUCCUCCCACUCCGGCUCCCCAGAGCCAUCCAUCAGGCAGCCACCCACAAGGAGCUGGAGGCCAUCUCCCAUAUGGGCAUUGAGUUCUGGAGCUCCUCCCUCAACAUCAAGACUCAGCAGGGCCCAUCCGAAGCCCCACUGCUGCCCCGGCUGAAAGCCCGUUCCCCUCAAGAGCUGGACCAGGGCACUGGUGCUGCCCUCUGCUUCUUCAAUCCCUUGUUCCCAGGGGACCUAGGCCCUACCAAACGUGAGAAAUUCAAGAGGAGCUUCAAAGUGCGUGUGUCCACUGAGACCUCUAGCCCCCUGUCUCCACCUGCUGUGCCACCACCCCCGGUCCCCGUGCUGCCUGGGGCAGCCCCCAGCCACACAGAAAGGCUGCCUCCUCGCCAGCUGCUGCAGAGGGAGAUCUCAGUGGGGUACCGCGUGCCAGGGAGCACCAGCCCUAGCCUUCCUCCCCUGCCCUCCCUCCAGGAGGUGGACUGCUGCUCUCCCAGCAGCUCUGAAGAAGAAGGGCUGCCGGGGUCUCCAAGGAGUCCCACCACUUCCCCGCACCUGGCCCGCCGGAGGUCAAGGCGGCCACUGCUUAGGUCCAUGAGCUCUGCCUUCUGCUCCCUGCUGGCACCUGAGCGGCAGGUGGGUCGCACAGCCACAAUGCUAAUGCAAGACAGAUACACAGCCGUGGGCCAACUGGUGCAAGACCUAUUGACCCAAGUGCGGGCAGGUCCUGAACCCCGGGAGCUGCAGACCAUCCGCCAAUCGCUAAGUAGGGCCCGAGCCAUGCUGAGCGCAGAGUUGGGCCCCGAAAAGCUGCUACCACCCAAGAGACUAGAACUGGUCUUGGAGAAGUCACUCCAUCGCUCUGUGCUCAAACCUCUCCGGCCCAUCCUGGCAGCCCGUCUGCGGCGCCGGCUUUCCGCAGACGGCUCCCUGGGCCGCCUGACUGAGGGCUUUCAUCUGGCCCGCAUCCAAGGCCCUGGAGCUUUCGCAUCCCACCUGAGCCUGCCCUCCCCAGUGGAGAUGGAACAGGUGCGGCAGAAGCUACUGCAGUUGCUUCGUACCUAUUCACCCAGUGCCCAGGUCAAGCGACUCCUGCAGGCCUGCAAAUUGCUCUACACAGCCCUGAGGACCCAGACAGGCGAGAAUGCAGGCGCAGAUGAGUUCCUGCCUCUGCUGAGCCUUGUCUUGGCCCAGUGUGAUCUUCCUGACCUCCUGUUGGAAGCCGAGUACAUGUCAGAGCUACUGGAACCCACCCUGCUCACUGGAGAGGGUGGCUACUACCUUACCAGCCUGUCAGCCAGCCUGACACUGCUCAGUGGCCUGGGCCAGGCCCACACCCUGCCCCUUAGCCCUGCACAGGAGCUGCAGCGUUCCCUGGCCCUCUGGGAGCAGCGCCGCCUGCCAGCCACCCACAGCUUCCAGCACCUUCUCCGAGUAGCCUACCAGGACCCCAGCACUGGUUGCACCUCCAAGACCCUGGCUGUGCCCCCGGGAUCCUCAAUUGCCUCUCUGAGCCAGCUCUGUGCCACCAAGUUCCGAGUGACUCAACCUGACAUGUUUGGCCUCUUCCUGUACAAGGAACAGGGCUAUCACUGCCUGCCCCCUGAAGCCCUGGUCCACAAGCUACCCACAACUGGUUACCUUGUCUACCGCCGGGCAGAGUGGCCUGAGAGCCAGGGGGCUGCUACAAAGAAGGGGAGGAGUGAACAUCCACAGGCAAGGAGCCAGAAGGAGGAGAAAGGAGACUGCCAAGAGGAAAAUUUGAGGGUCAAUGACAGCCCCAAGAACAGUGGAGGAGAGUCUGAGACAACUGUUAGCGAGGGGGAGGGUCAGGCCAGAACGGGCCAUGCUCAGUUAGGGGAGCCAGAGGCAGAGGGAAGCCAGGUCACAGAGGAGUAGCUGAAAGGGACCAGAAGCGUCAUCUAGAGCCACCUUUGACUGGUACUGAUCUCCGUGAGGCCGCCUAUUACGGGCUGGGGGAGGGAGUUGGCUACAUAGAGGGCCUGGAACAAAGUUAAGGAAGCCUGGAGGACCCCAGACUUUUGUCCAAGGUCCCUUACCCCUAUUCUUCCCCGAGGGUGAAUGUGCCCAACGGGUGACACAUCCAUCUGAUACUCAACUUCUAGCAUGGUGGAGGACUGGUCCCAGCUCCCUCCCUUUUGGCAUCCUCCCCGCACCACAGACACAAAUAGGGUUAGUGGAGCUUCAAGGUGCUUGAAAGGCUCCAACCUCUCCUGGUGCCAGGUGUCAGGGAGGCAGCAGAAUGGCAGCAAAGGUGCCCAGAGGACCAGCUCCUGCUGCCCUCAGCGUCCUGCCCAAGAAGUAGCGAUAUGACUGCUUUUUUGCCGGUCUCCCAGAAGCGUUCCAGGAUUCAUGCACGUGGUUUUCCAGAGAAGCUCCAAAGACAGGCAAAGGCAGGGAAGGCGGCUAUUAGCAGCCCCAUCUGUGCCUGGCCCUGUCCAUUGGGAUUCCUACCUGUGACUUCUUAGUCCAAGAGAGGGUUAUAUUCUCUUGGAUUGAAGGCCUCUGGGGAGAAAGUACCUAUGUCCCACUCAUUUCUCAAGAUCAGUUCACCUAGGCACUCCAUUAGCCCUUGGGAGUUGGACCCUGGGAGGCAAUGCCAGUCAGCAGAGAUAAACUUACAGAACAAAAGACGGUCUUGGAAAUCAUUUUCUUUGCCCUUGGCUCUAGGCCACCACCAAAGCUUGGCAUGGAGGAAAGGCAUAGCUGUGGGCCUCACUAAGGUUGGGGAGGGCAACUCCAAGAUGUCAGAGCAAAGUAGUCCUCAAGCCCCAAAGGAAAGCAAGCUAAAAUGUGAAGGGAGAAAAAUGCCCAUGGACGACCACAAGGGGGCGGCCACAACCCAGGAAGCUGUAGAGGGUUACUCCCCCGCCCCCCCCC